AUGUGCUCGUCGAUGAAAGCAGUGGGUGGGAUGUGUCGGAUAUUAAUAGCCUUACAGCUGGAAGCACGAGCGAGCGAUAUACCAUUGGUCUGCAUAAUGAACAUAGUCUUAUGCCUGACACCAGCGUAGCACACAAGACGAGUGUUCACUCCAAGAAUAGUGCUCUUGGACGACAAGGCGAUGUAAACAAGCUCGAGUUGGAAAUCGGCCCAUUCGUAAGUGCCACAACCAGUGACCAGAUUGACUCUGGUAUCAGUGCGGAUUCUUACGAGGGAAAAGGAGAUCGCUAUGACACAACUUUGAUAGACCGUGAUAAUCACAACUUUCAUUUCGGGGUUGACAGCUAUACACAAAAUGAUAACAACGUGUCGGGUAUUGACAAUAGAGUACACACGAACUCAAUUCACCAAUUCCCUCACGAGGAUUCUGUUCAGGAAUUCACCCACGGGGACCACAGAUCAAUGUCUGAGGGAUCACUGCUAGCUAUUUUAGAGGAGUUUGAUUCGAGCGAUAUAAAUAUACAAGAUCUGGAUAUAAACAUGACAUCAGAAAACGACAUGACACCAAGUAAAAAGAUACAGACAAAUUUCAAGGGUGCACUCGAUACCCCAAAUAAUGUACCAAAUGGACACCUGACAUCAGUUAAUGACAAUACACGUGUAGACAAUAGAUGCUGUUCGCGUGUUACUGAAAGAUCUGAUGAGUCACAGUCCAGAACACAUGGAAGACACACCAGAACAUUGCGAUCCUUUAGCAGUGAUGAUGAUCUGGAGGCAGAUUUCGGACUGUCCUGUGCUACAAAUGGAACAAGAUCUGAUUCAGAACAAUCUGAAUGGCACUGCCAUACCCUGGUCAAACCAGAGUAUGAUAAACUUGCCAGGAACCAACUGAUCAUUGUUUGUAUUCUGUGUGCGAUGUUUAUGAUCGGGGAAGCAAUAGGUGGAGUACUGUCUGACAGUCUAGCCCUCUUCACUGAUGUCUUACACCUGGGCAGUGACCUAAUUAGCUUUCUCAUCUCUCUCCUUGCCAUCUACCUGUCAAAAAAACCUGCCACCAAAACAAUGUCAUUUGGAUACCACCGCGCAGAGGUUCUAGGGGCCUUAUUCAGUGUGUUCAUCAUCUGGCUAGUGACUGGAGUUCUGUGUUAUAUGGCUGUGGAAAGAAUAACAGGAGGACAUUACACAAGUGUCAAACCAGAUGAGAUGUUGGUCACAGCUUCCCUUGGAGUCAUGUUUAAUGUUGUGAUGGGCAUUGUACUACACUCUGAAAAAUGUUGUGGAUCGGCUUCCGCUCGAGCAACUUUUGGUCAUGGACAUUCUCAUGGUGGAGGAGGUCAUUCUCAUGGACAUUCUCACAAGCAUUCCACUAAUUCAGAUGAUUCAGCUUUUGAGAGCUUACUUCAGCAAGACAGUGAUCAUGAACUGAUGCCACAGACUCAAUCCACAGAAUCACACACAUCCUACAAACGUCAGAAAAAGAAAAACAUCAAUGUCCGAGCUGCCUUUAUCCAUGUGAUAGGUGACAUUAUACAAAGUGUGGGGGUACUGAUAGCUGCUGUCAUCAUCAAGCUAAUGCCUGAUCCCAGUUCCAAGCUUGCUGACCCUAUAUGUACAUUCCUGUUUUCAAUCAUCGUACUCUUCACCACAGUAUUUGUACUGCGGGACACACUCCAGAUAAUGAUGGAAGGUGUUCCAAGAGAUGUAGAUUACAAUGAAAUUAUUACUGACUUGGAGGGUUUACCAGGAGUGAAGAGAGCUCACGAUCUCAGUGUGUGGGCCUUAACUAUAGACAAGAAUGCUAUAGCAAUCCACCUGGCUAUAGAUCCCUCCUCAUCUCAUCAGAGUGUACUGGAGGCGGCCAACACACUACUUAAACAGAAGCACAACUUCCUGUUCACCACUAUACAAGUCGAGACACAUGUCCCAGGCCAUCACUGCCAGUUGUCAUAAAUGUCAGAUAUCUCUGAAAUAAGUUUGAAUGUCUGUGCUAUGCAUGUCUGUGAUUGGGUUUUCCUGAAUGUCUGUGCUAUGCAUGUCUGUGAUGGGGUAUUCACAAAAACUUUCUUAAAUGUUUAUUUUUAUAUCAAUAAUAGGGCAUAAACUACCUUUAAUACAUUAUCAAUGAUUUUUAAAAUGUUAUUUAUGUUGGAAUUAAAGCGGUUAGGAGUUUUUUGUUUUAGAAUUAGGAAAGCUGUUCAGCUUAUACUACUAGGUUUCAAAUAUGACUGCAGUAGUUCAGCAUUUUGAAAGUCUGAUACUGUACAUUUUAAACAUUUUUUGACAAGUUUUUACCCAUUGUUUGCUCAACUUGUGACUUAAUCUCCUUUUGAUGGUUCACUUUUGACUGGAAUGCUUGGGAAAGGUCCAUGAUGGAGAGGUUACUACGUUGAAGAUAGCAAGUGUCUUAACUUGUGUCCUAGAAAAAGAGUAGUAGUAGUAGUAGUAAAAUAGUUUGUUAAAGUGUCAUGCAUCAAAUUCAUGAGAUACAUCACAAAUGCAUAAAAGACAUUUAGAACACAAUAUAAAAUGUUGGUGUCCUGUCACUAGGGCAUAUGAAACAUCCAUACAAUCGAAUAUACAUGUACAUAUGUACAUAAAAAAUUAAUAUAAUUUACCUUACUGAUAAAGGAAUCAGACUUCUCCCAGGAAUCCUUCUUCAAUUUUAAGUUUCUGAUCGAAAAAUUCUCAGUGAUGAAAUCUGAAUAUGACCUAACAAUUUAACGACCAUUUCUAGUUAAUGGAUAAAUGUGAAACAACUAAAACAAUUGAUGUCCUAUCAUAGUACACUUGAUAUAGAAAUGAGGAGGAGGAAAUUGUCUGGACUUAUAGUACAGCUGCUGGCAUCUUGUACACUUCAAAAUGUUCAUGGAAUACAUGGGACAUAUAUAGGAUAUCAUUGAGUAGUCAUUUUGCCUUGAAUUGAUGGGUGUUUUUUCCCUAUAAAAACAUUAUGAUUUAGUUAUGGGAAAGUUUUACAUAAGUUUUUUUAUAAAACAUUCCAGAAUAGUGUUCUGAUGUGAUCACAAUAUUGGGUAAUGCUGUGUAAGGAGAGUGUGGGAGAGAGAAUUCGAGAGAUUUGGUGCUAAGAAGAUACACAGUGUAUGCUUUGAGAGAUACUUUAAUGGAGUUGUGUAAUGAUUGUCAGGUGUCUUCAGGUAGUCAAAGGAUUGUCAGGUGUCUUCAGGGAGUCAAAGGACUGCAAUGUAUCUCUAGGGAGUCCAGUCCAAGGAAUAUCGGGUGUCUUCAGGGAGUCCAAGGACUAUCAGGAAUCUUCACAGAGUCAAAGGAUUAUCAGGUGUCUUUAGGGAGUCCAAGGAUUAUCAGGAGUCUUCU